UAUUAUUAUUCAUCUUUGGUAUUGUUUCGGCGACUUCGCAUCAUUGACAAUCCCAACAGUCCUGAAACAAGAGGAACCUUUUUUUCCAAUCAACUGCACAACAGUAAGCCGUCAACGAACAAGAAGCAUGACGUUGAAACAAUUGUCCGCAGAGUGCCAACUGGACAGCGAUUUCUGCCCUGGAGGUGCCAAGGUCAAUCUCUUGGAAUACACCAAGGGCAAAAAGGUUAUCCUUAUGGGAUUGCCAGGAGCUUUCACGCCAACCUGGUAGGUGUCGUUCAGCUCGAUUUUGCUUUGGCGAUGGACCAGGUUUGACUUGAAUGGAAUUGAAUGGAACAUUCGCGUACUUGCAGGAUUUUGCUGUCUUGCAGGAGUGUUUUGUCGUCACAACGUGUGUCUUUGUUUAGGUACUUCGUGCUUAUGGAGAGGGAAGACAAAGCAGUGAUCGCUCUCUACCAUCAACAUCUGAACUCUAUCAUAGGGCUCUGCUCCUUUGCAUGACACAGACUACGAGUUGUGGUAUCUAGACGUUUCGCAUCGCAUCUUACCUUCCUUUUUCUUGUUUUGGCUUUCGUUCGUUAAACCUUCCGAUGAUUGUUUUUCUGUGGUAAAUUUCAUGCCGUAUCUUCGCGCUCGAACCGCAGAUCCACACGACAAAUUCCUGAUUACAUCAAGGCCCAAGACGGUAAGUAGGGAACUGGAUUGUAUUGAAUCGGAACUUUCAUCGGAAGAACAUUGAAAUCUCGAACGUCUAACUAACCAAUGUCUCCCUUACUUCACGAUUGGCAUUGUUCCGUGCACCGUACAACAAACAAACCUCGAUUCCGAAGAAUUAAAGGCCCUUGGAAUCGAGGAAGUCAUGCUCUACUGCGUCAACGACAUGGCCGUUAUGAAGGCCUGGGCCGAGGACCAGAAGGUCGGAGAGACCAUGAUUAAGUUUUACGGAGAUCCGACCAGCGCCUUUACGAGGUACAUGGAUAUGGAGAUGACCCAUCCCGGACCUGUGAGCGUCGGAUUGCUCGGCCGUUGCAAGAGGUUUGCCCUGUACAUCGACGAUGGAGCUGUCAAGUACCAGGCGCUGGCAGAGGACCUCGAUUUCGAUCCCGCUGGGGAUGACUUUCCGGAGAAGGUGCUCCCGCCGCAGAUGAUGGAGGCGAUCAAAAAGGUUCAGUCGGAGUAGUCUGCUACAAUGUGAUGCAAUGCGAAUAGCAGGGAUAAGUAGAAGAAAGAAUCACACACGCAAGCGAUUUUGUGAAAGGGAUGCUACAUAUAAUAGGGCAAAUACGAAAGACCGGAGGCCGCUUUUUGGUUGUGAGAAAUGUUGUUUUUUACAUUUUGCUUGAGAAACAGCAAAGGAAUCGAUAGAAAUGAGGGUUUGGUGAUUGCAAGAAUGACGAACUCCUGCUUCCAUUCCAAAAUUCGGUGCAUUCAGUGCACACAGAAUGCGGAAAGGGCGGGGAUCUGAGAAACAAACGAACAGACACACAGCAUGCAUGCAUUAUUGGCACGCGCCAUCUAUUCGUCUUGAUGGUUUGGUGUGUGUGCGGGGAUUUGCAAUUCAAUCGACCUCAUAUCUCUCUGUAAGCUUGCCGAUCGACACGCAACAACGAAAAGGACAAGACAAGCGGAAUGGAUGUUGCCAUCUCCUUAAUUUUAAAACUGUGCCACAGAAAGAUCUGCAAGCUUAGAAUGUUGUACCAUAGGUGUUUUUCAAAUGAAUUUUUAGUAUCAUC